AUGUUGGACGGCUUGUUUUUGCUGCUCGUUCUGAGCUUGCUCAUGGCGAUAGCCUCAUUCAUAGCGGGCGCACUUCCUCUGUCCAUGACAUUAUCUUCCUCACAACUACGGAUGAUCUCGACAAUUGGUAUGGGGGUUCUCGUUGGCACAUCAUUGAUUGUCAUUAUACCUGAAGGCAUUGAGGCAGUAUAUACCGCGGGGUCAGCACCCCACAUGCACACGAAGAGAGACACUCGAUUGUCAACGAGGGCAUGGCCAGUCAAUUCGGGAAUAGCAUCUUUUCUUACUUCUCGGGACAUUGGAAUCAAGCAAGAAGAUCUCGUUGAUGUUAAAGCUUUACGGAUAGCUGUUCGUGAAACCACCACAGCACCACCUCCACCAGAUGCGCAAGUUACUCCACCCGCAGAGACGGGUCAUGACAAGAACAAAGAGGAUGGACAUCAUGAGAAAGAAGAAAAUGAGCCACCGACAUUUGCAAUUGGAGUGGCACUGAUAUCUGGCUUUGUGCUCAUGUUCCUGAUCGACAAAUUACCAAGAUAUGCUUCGGAGAAUCUCCAAGCUCCACCACCUACCAGACAUAUAGCGCUGGACAACCUCAGCAUGAGAAGGGACCAAUCCCCAGGCGCUGACGAUGAAGAAUCGGAGAGCUUUCUUCGAUCCAUGGCUCCAACGCCCAAGCAGACCAGAAGUUUGGCAACAACUACAGGACUGGUCAUACAUGCUACUGCCGACGGAAUUGCCAUGGGCGCUUCAACCUCCACCUCGAAUCAGGAGCUCGGGAUCAUUAUUUUCAUAGCCAUCAUGAUCCACAAGAUGCCAGCCGCUUUUGGUCUGACAUCGGUAUUGUUAAAACAGGGUCUGUCGAAACGUGCAGCCAGGGGCCAUCUUAUUAUAUUCAGUCUGGCAGCUCCUUUCGGCGCUCUCUCCACCUGGCUGCUUGUGAGUAUACUCGGGGGCAGCCAUAUCGAGGGCGAAAGAGGGCAAUUUUGGACUGGAAUGCUACUGUUGUUCUCCGGCGGUACAUUCUUAUACGUGGCUAUGCACGCCAUGCAAGAAGACUCCGGCCACGAUCACUCCACAACCAACGGCUAUCUGGACGGAGGUGCUUCGCAGCGGAACAAACCGAAACCGCAGAUGAAAGAUACUUUUUGGGCGGUACUCGGAAUGCUGGUCCCGUUGUUGACGCAGGUGUUUCAUCAUCAUUGA